UCUCGCAUUAGGGUUUAGGGCGCUUGGUGUUCUUUGUCCCGCUCCCGGCAAGAGCACCUAUGUUCCCUGAGGGAGGAGGCUGCCAGCGAGCCAUUGAUGGCUCUCCACAUCGCAAGGACUGCCGCGGCUAGAUCCAUGGACGACAUUGCGGUGUUCAAGAAUUUCAUGCAUUUCCUGAUCGAGAUUGUGGAGCCGCUGGUCGCGUCGCCGAUGCACGUCUUCUUCCUCCAGUGGCGGAGCAUCGCCGGCUCGGCGCAAUCGCAAUCCCUCUCGGCGGAGCUGGCGGAGGCGCCAGAUUUCAAGCAGCGGAUGUUCCACCAGGCCUCGUUCUCAUUCAAGAACAGGGAUUCUCACGCCAGGUACGCCAAUGCGGCCGCGCAGAUCUCCCAGCUCCGGCAAUGCGCCAAAUCCGAGGAUCAAGACGCGCUGGCGCGCGUCAUCGGCGAUCGUCUCACCCCGGAUUUCGUCCUUGAGAUGGUUAAGGGGCUCAGGAACGAUCCAGGCACGGCAUUGUUCUUUUAUCGCUGGGCAGGGAAGCAAAAUCGAUCCUCCUACAAGCAUGACUCGAGGAUCUAUAACCAGGUGGUGAGAAAUCUGGCGGCUGCCAAGCGUCUAAGUGACAUCGACUCGGUUCUUGGCGAGAUGAUGGAUCAAGGGUGCAGCUUAGAGCCGGAGGCAGCGCUGGAUUUGGUGGUGUGCUAUGCCAAUGGCGCCAUGGUGGAUAGAGCACAGGCGAUUUUCAACGAGUUGCGGGAUCAAGGCCAGGAGUUCCCAGCUCACAUCUACAAUGUCAUCUUUGGAGCACUGGCAAAGCUCCAAAGGUUCCAGGACGUCUUUCGAAUGGUGGAGGAUUUGAUGGCCAAGAACUUCACUUUCAGUGACUCCACCGCCGACGCGCUCGUCCGGAUUUUUUGCAAGGCACUCGCAGUGGACAAGGCCGUGAGGUUUCUCAAGUGGAUGAGCAGCAAGGGCUUGCAAGUAAACGCGAUGGCUUUGAGCAUGGUGGUGGAUAGCCUUUGCAAAGCUGGGAAGGAAGACACUGCAAUAGGCUUGCUGGAAGACACGGCAGCCUCUUCCUCGGUAACUCUAGCUGAUAGGAAUUUUCUUUGCUGUUCUCUCAUCUGCGGAGUGUUCAGGACAGGUGCUUUGGCCAAGGCUUCGUUUGUCAUCCGCAAGCUGCUCCAGCGUGGCCUUGUGUGGAAGCUGUCAGUGUUUGAUCAUCCAGAAGGGGGCUCGCCGUUCUCGUUUGAGAAGAUCAUAGCCUUGUUCGGGACGAUGAAGGUGGCGAUGAGCACGUUCGAAUACAACUGCUUGAUCGAAGGGCUGUGCAAAGGUGACAGGAUUGACGAAGCUCUGAGGCUCUACGAGCUUAUGCGAGGAAACAACGUCCCUGCUGAUAUCUUCACUUACAACAACAUGAUCGAAUGCAUCUCCAAGCUUGGCAUGGUGGAGCAGGCUGAAAAGGUUUUGAAGACAAUGGAGGAGAGCGACUGCAAACCGGACAAGUUUAUAUACACGCGGGUCAUCAACGGGUUUUGCAAGCUGGGGAACUUCAAGAACGCCGUGGUACUCCUUGGCCGUAUGAAGGAAGCAGGAUACGCUCCUGAUGCCGUCGUCUUCGAUUGCAUCAUCGGCGGGCUGUGCAAGACUUCGAAGUUCGACGAGGCAUUGGUAGUUCUCAAGGUUUCGAUCGAAGCAGGUUGCGAGCCAGACGAAGUCACGUACUUCAGUAUAGUUGAUCCACUUUGCAACAUGGAGGACUGGGAAUCAGCUCUUAGAGUCUUAGAACUCGCUCAGGAGAGGAAAUGCCCCGCAACCAAUUUGCUAUACAGCAGGCUUAUGAAGUGCCUGUGCAAGACUGGGAAAGUUGAGGCAGCGUGUCAGCUUCUGGAGGAUUUGACCAACGGGAGUAGAGGGUCAGAGCAACUUCUAGGGGGGGAUGGUUGCAAACCAGACGUGGUUAUGUACAGCAUCGUCAUAGAUGCAUUGUGCGCCAUGGGAAUGACCGACGAAGGCUUUGUAGUAGUGAAAGCCAUGGAGGAGCGGGGCGUCAAGCCGGACGCGGUCGUGUACACGAUCUUUCUCUAUGCUUUUUGCCGCUCAGCAAGGCUAGACGAUGCUUGUAGGCUGCUGGAAAUAAUGGUGGAAGCUGGCUGCUAUCCGGACGUUAUUUCCUACAACACUCUGCUCUUUGCACUGUGUUCUGCUGGUCAAGAGGAGGAGGCUUGCCGGCUCUUUCAAGUCAUGGUCGAGACUGGCAUUGAGCCCAACGUCUUCACAUACACUCAACUCAUACGGGCUUUGUGCAGCACAAAGAAGCUAGAGGGUGCCAGGCACUUAUUCAAUUUUAUGAAGCUCUCAAAGUGCGUUCCGGAUAUGGAGACUUACAAGGCGCUGAUCUUGGGGCACUACCAGAAUGAAGGCGUACGAGAAGCGAGACAGUUGCUGGAACAGGAAUCGGAUGCGUUUUCUAGGAGGAACCCUGGAAAAUCACUCUUGUCCGAGCUACACGAAGCUGGAAACUUUUAUGAGCGUAAGCAGCUCACCGCCAUUAUUGAUCAAGGCCGGUUGGCGUAGAAUAUGAAGAUGCAACUGGUCAUAUUUCGUUUCAAUGGCAUCGAGCUCUGAUACAAAAGACUUUUAUCGUCGCGAGUAUGUAACCCAAUUUUGUCGACCUGAGGAGCACAAAGUGCUCAGCUAACUAUUCUUUUUUCAAAAAUCAUUAGUGUUUACAGUCUCCAACCGGACAACAAGACAUCCGGACCGGAGGUUUUUGUUGGAUUGAGCUCGAGGGCUCGUGAUGCUGCUCCGGUACCCGCUCAACAUGUCCUAGCUUUUGCAACCAGCUAACAGACCCAGCCAUGUUAAGUUUUCGGGCUCCAAGGGUAUGCUGCCAAUCAGUUCCUCUGCUUCCUCCAGCUUUCCAGACCGGGCAAACAGAUCGACCCAGUCUCUUUAACUUCGUAGUUUGCUUCAUCGAAAGUAUCCACAACCAACAUCGACAAGGCCCGCAUGGCUGCAAGCCUAGAGAACGCUGGGGAAGAUGACGUUCUCAGGAUGAACACCUUGGACCACCAUGAGCCUGAAGAAGCUCAGUGUCUGGUGGCCGGGCUCGUUCUCAGCAUAAGCUUGCAGCAUCGCAGAGCCUGGGAUGACACCGACGGUUGGAAACCUUUCAAAGAUGGUCUUGACUCGAUCCACGCAGCCACACUUGGAGUAGAGACUUAUGAGAACAUUCUGAAGCUGAAGGUGGUGGUCCAAGCUGGAACAGGAAAUCUCGUCAUGAAGAAGUUUACCGAGUGUAAUGUCGGGGACGGAGGCACGGUACGUGAUCGGGCUAGCGAAGCUGUGAAGAGCAAGUCGGCCGUAACCAUUGUGAGCGUAAGCCGAGAUCACCGCAGUACGACCUUGUUAAAAACGUGCUCUAUUUCGUCUACGCACCUUCACUUGGGAGUAACAUGGUGAUGAGAGAACUGGCUAUGGCGGCCCCGGUAUCCAAACCAGCGUCAGUAAUGCUCGAGUGGGUGACUUUGCCUUCGGCUCUGGUCUGCACUACUCCACAAGGACCGAGAACCGUAGUGUAGGCGACGAUGUCCAGCUGGAUGCCUUCGAGCAGCAUCCGGUGGAAGAGUUGAAGAGGGCUGGAGCUGAGGUUGUUUUGAGCGACGGCCGAGAUCAUCGAAGCCCACAGAACGACUUCAUAGACUUCUUCAGAGUUGCUGCUGUGAUCCGAUCAACUUUCCUUCGGCAAGAGCUCUUUGGCUGCCACAGGCUUCCACAAUGGCUGCGAGCGAUAUCUCGUCAACCCGUGUGCCUUCCAAGUCGAAUCGCCAACACAGGAAGCAGCGUGUGGACAAAGCGCAUCUGGCUGCCCGUUAUGAGGGAUGCCAGAUGCAGUGCCGAGCAUCUGAGACACUCCCUCACAUCCCAUACAUUCGAUUGCCACCCAAGCUAAUGCUGAGAGCUCCCACCGCCGUGCUCCGCCCGAGGAAGUCAUGCCCCGUGUUUCGCGAUGUCGUACCGGGACGCAAACUUGACGGCCUCGUGGGUCGCCCGAGUAACGUUGACCGCGUAGACCGCGACCGCAAGCGGCGGUCCUGUUGGAAGAGAUCAGGCAGCGCUGCUCCCCAAACGAUUGCAGCGUACCCGGUUGAUCGGUCCUCCAGAAGGGACUGUUCCAGCCGCUCCUCACGGCGUUGCAGGCUCGCUCGUCAUAGUUUGGAUCAUGGCAUGGCGAUGCUGAAGGGGCCACGCUGAUCAUUCUCCCUCCCACGGAGCGAUUGAAGGAUGCCCGGGUCUGUGCGUCUGGCCAGCACAGCUCGCCCGCUAUACACUUGGAGUGGACAUGGCCUGGAGCGAAUAGAACCAACAAUAUCGAUAGUAUCGCUAUCAUCCUUUA